AUCUAUCCCGUCUCUCCACACUGCUCCCGGUCUCCACACUGCUCCCGGUCUCCGCACUGCCCCCGGUCUCCACACUGCUCCCGGUCGACUUUGCUCUCCCUUGCUUCCGCCCCUCUUUUAAUCCCGUUUCUGGCGUGUCAAGGCUCUGCAUGUGUUUGUGCACGAUCUGUAGGUGUAUCCUGAGCCCAGGGGAAACGAGGAUCCCGCUUCCUUCUCCCCACCCAGACAACGCACAACGCCCCCAGUGUGCCAGAUGCAAUAUCGGCGCCAACGUCGACCAAAACUCGAUUGCGGCUGGAGUGGUGGAGCCUGCCAGUGCUGUUGGGUUGGACCGGCGAAACUUGGACCAGCGAAACUUGAACGCCACGUUUCCAUGCUACGCCGCCAUGUGGGUCUGAGGAUCCGGGCUCGGUACUUGGAAGUUUGUGCCCGAGUGCCUCACGGUCUCUUUUGUAUCUUUGCGUGCCUUGGCCUGUUUUUCAGUAUCAUUCUAGUUUUGACUCUCAAUAGACCUAGUGGAUGGCUUCCCUCGUUAGUAACAUCAACCAGUCUUGUUCUGCACUGCGUCUUGCAUGCAUCAGCUACGCCAGUCUUCCUCUUUCUUUCGUUGCUGCGUUGCUACUACCCUCUCCAUUGUCGUUGCCUUUGAUGCCCACGCAGAUAUUCUUUGCUCCACAACAUGCGAGACAAGACAGGAGACCCAGCAGCUCACCCAGAAA